AUGUGCGAGCCGGGCAAUCUGCGCAGACGCCGCAGUCCUUCGAAGCGGGCAAGGCUCUUUUGCUCACCAACUGCUGCUCCGACUACGCUGUCCUCUCGGUUCUUUCUCUCCUCCUCCUCCUACAACCAAAACGCCUGCUUUUGUCAACAACCAGGUGCGACCGAGCCGAGGCAAGGCCAAUAUCGCCCCAGCAUUCCACUGCCACCUCCCCUACCCGAACUACCACAACUGCUGCCGCCACCACCCACGCCACUAUUACCAAAUGCUUUCACCAACCUCCACCACUGCUACUUCCCAUUCUGCCACUACGGCUACUACUACUACCACCUCAACCCCCAUCACCACCACCACUACUGCUACUACAACCACUAA